AUGUCAGUUGGUGAAACCGAAAGAAGAGGCUCUCCCAUGGUCACGACGUCACCCAGCGCACAAGCAUCUGCUUCUGCGUCUUCUUCUUCUGGCGUCGUAGGGUCCAGAAAGCAAAGGAGCGUGAGCUCUAAUACAUUGGCACAUACUCCUACGUCUCCUGGUUCACCUAAUAUUCAAGUAAAUGGCGGGGUUUCUACCGCAAUCCACGGGCAUAUACAUGGGCAGGGCCAAAGUCACGCCCAAGGACAAGCACAGACUCGAAUUACCUUGCCUAAUAGCGAGACACCUUCGCCUCCAGUCCAACCAGUCAGAAGAUCGUCGUUUGGAAUGAACUUCCUUAGCUCCAUAACGAACUCCAUGAGAACUCACCCAUCGAUACCAAGCGGCGGCGAUGAAUCUACCGGCAAUGGUCAGAGCCCACCUACUAGGAUUGAAUCCCCACAUCAUUUUAUGUCCAAUAGCCCGACCAUUGCUAACUUGCAUGGAUACUCACAGGAUGGACCAAUUGCUACGGCGGAAACGGCAGGUACCACCACGCUUAGCACCAAUACGGGUGCAGUUGCUGCACCGGGCCCCGACUCUGCACCGAACUCGAUACUGGUAGCACAUUCAAAUGAUUCAGAUCCACUUUCACCGCCUGCUGUAGAGCCAUCGACGGGUGCUGGUGUCGGGGGUAGUAUGAAUUUACUCGGUACUGGUCCAGUUAACGCUCCAGCAGCAGCAGCUGCUGCUGCUGUAGUGGCGUCUUCUUCUACAAGUGCAGUACAAGUAGGACCUCUUACUUCAGGCAACGUUGAAUCUGACAACGGCAUGGAUAAAGACGGAUUCUUCUCGCUUCGUCUCACUCCACUCAUCGACCACUCAUCGUCGACAUCCGGGCUUUAUUUCGCACCUAUCAUUCGAAAGAUCAAGCCAAAGACUCAAAUCUCCAUAGGACGUUACACUGAGAAGAAUAAACUGGCCGCACAUGCACCCCAGGGUUCGUCUGCACCCGUCGUGUUCAAAUCUAAGGUCGUUUCACGUACGCAUGCUCUUUUUCAAUGUAAUGACGAUGGACAAUGGUUCCUCAAGGAUUGCAAAUCUUCUUCAGGAACAUUUCUCAAUCAUAUCAGGUUAUCUCCAGCCUCACAGGAGCUGACACUUAUGCCAUUAAUAGAUGGGGACAUAAUACAAUUAGGAAUGGACUAUAGAGGAGGUACUGAGGAAGUGUAUCGGUGCGUAAAAAUGAGAUGUGAGUUCAACAAGAGCUGGCAGAGGAAAGUCAAUCAGUUUAAUUUGGAAAUUCACAAAAAACUAAAAAAUUUAGCAAUUGGAGAAAAGGAACAACCACGAUCUGAUGGUGGUCUUCUGCUCAACCCAAUUGCCAGUGCAGUUGGAGAAGCUCUCAGCGAGUGUGCUAUUUGUUUACUUCAAUUGGAACCAUGUCAAGCGUUGUUCAUAAGUCCAUGUUCACACUCAUGGCACUACAAGUGUAUCAGGCCGAUAAUAAUCAAGAGCUAUCCACAAUUUUAUUGUCCAAACUGCCGAUCCAUGUGCGAUUUAGAGACAGACAUUGAAGACGACGAUUAG